AUGUCAGAACAACCCAGCACAGGAACAGGAAGCAACACGCCAGUCGUCAUGUCCGGCCUACCCUCCGCAGAAACAGACGCAAUCAAUCUCAUUGCCCGGGAUAUGAAGUCCCUCGUCAAAAAGAUACAGGACCUCCGGCACAUAGGGAUUGAAGACAGCCGAAUUGCUCUUCCAAAACUAUGCGUCAUAGGGGAUCAGAGCACGGGAAAAAGCUCUCUGAUCGAAGGCAUGAGCGAGAUCAAGGUGCCUCGCAGUGCUGGAACAUGCACCCGUUGCCCCAUGGAAAUAAAUCUCUCAGAAAGCGAGCCAGGCCAGGAUUGGAAUUGUCGUAUCUUUCUAUCACGAAAAUACAUCUUCGACGGCUCUCGGAAGGUCACCAAACUUCCCAAAAAGUCGCAGCCUCUGGGACCAUGGAUCGAGCAGGAUCAGGAAGAUGAGUACUUUACCGAUGUCAAAGAUAAAGAUGCUGUACAAGAGGCGAUCAAGUGGGCCCAGCUCGCCAUUUUGAACCCAGGAAGACCUUCUACUGACUAUCAACCCGGCAAUAACGCCGACACCGACGAGUCCUACUGCCAGGUGAAGUUCUCCCCAAAUGUGGUUCGGUUGGACAUUUCGGCGCCCAGCUUCCCUAAUCUCUCCUUCUACGAUCUACCUGGUGUCAUCAGCCAGGCGGAACACGAUCAUGAGCGUUACCUCGUUUCACUGGUGGAAAACCUCGUGAAAGAGUACAUCUCCCACGAGAAUUGCAUUGUCCUGCUCGCACUGCCCAUGACUGAUGAUGCGACAAACUCAAGCGCUGCACGUAUCAUGCGGGAUGUCCGUGGUGCCAAAGCAAGAACCCUCGGUGUCCUUACGAAACCUGAUCGUAUCCAGACGGGCGAGUCGUAUGCUCAGUGGAUCGAGAUCCUGGAAGGAGACAAAUUCGCACUCGGCCAUGGCUACUAUGUCGUCCGCAACAAUCCUGACCCGGCCAUCGAGCAUUCUCGCGCGAGAGAGGAGGAGGCAGUCUUCUUCGCACAGAGUCCCUGGGCAACAGAACUAUCUGCCUACCAGGACAGAUUCGGGACCAGACACCUACAAGCAGCGCUUUCAAGUCUUCUUCUGGAGCAGAUUCAGGGUUGUCUUCCGAGGAUCAUUGAACAAAUAGAUGAAAAGGCCGCACGAAUCGACGCUGAACUGCAGACUCUUCCAGAUCCCCCGUCUGCGAACGUCCCAUACAUCCUUUGCGGCAAAUUGAACCAUCUCAAAGAUCAGAUCCGUGCCCAUAUUGAUGGCGGCUCGUCUCAGUACCCCCUCCAGAAGAUAUGGGGCAACAUUGCAAAGGACUUUAAAAGAGCUCUGCUGAAAACCAGGCCGACUGUUCAGCUCCUUGCGAGUUCAGACAAGAUGGUCAUUCCCAUUGCGCGUGACGACGCCGACUCUGACUGCGAAAUGACCUCGGUGCAGCGAUCAGUGAACGUGAACAUGAACGUGAAACGAAAGACCCCAUGCGACAGACCUCCAACUCCAGCGGAGCCCAAGUCAGAACAGCCCUCAACCCCGAAGCCCUUAGGUUACUAUACAGAGCACUUUAAUCGAUUUGAUCGUCCUGCACGAAUGUUCACUUGGGAGGAAAUCAGAGAAAUCAACGAGGACUCUUAUCGUGCCGGCAUUCCCGAUCAGACGGACCCCAAGGCCGUGGAGGUCAUGAACCAGCUGAGUGUUGAGCACUGGGACGAACCAAUGCAAGUAUUCUUGGGAGCAACUCAUCAGUUAGUGAGGGACAUGUUGAUGAAACAACUCAGAGAAGUCUUCACUCAGUACUACCAGACCAGUCUCUACCGGGAGCUUAAACGCAUCAUCGACAACUACCUCCAAACGCUUCGCAAGGAGCACUUGAGACACGCGCAAGAGAACUACAAUAUUGAGCAUAACAAGCCUUUUACCAUGGCGAUUUCGGCCCUGGAACAAGCCACGGAGAACGCCUACAAGUAUCUGAAAGCUCGCCGACAUGAAGCAAGGUCGCACUGCUUUCUCGAUCUUCAAGGCAAAAUCCCUCGGGGAGACCCACGCCGCGACGCUGAGAUUAAGAAACUCACUGCUGCGGAGCUAGGCCCUGACAGAUUCGUUCAGGAACUCAAGAUGAUGGCGGUGAGUUUUCCCAACCCGGGCGAGUAUCAUGCUAAUAGUCCUCAGACAACUCGUGGCUACUAUGAAGUAGCGAGUUCCCGGUUCAUCGACUCGAUCUGUCAGAGCGUCCAUACGAAAUUGUUCUCCAAAUGCCGUGAAGAGCUCAUUACAGUCAUUGAGAACGAACUACGCAUCUUCGAUGGAAAUGCCGUCGAACGCUGCAUGGAGUUGAUGGCGGAGGAUCCCGAACGCCAGCGACGAAGACAGUAUCUGUUGAAGGAGAAAGAGAAAGUCGCCAAAGCGCAAGAAUGGCUCGUUACCGCUAAGAAGGAAGACGAUGCUGCCCAAGCCGCCGAGACCGAUCCGACUAUUAAGUCUCAGCCGCCUGAAGACUGGCCCAGCUUUCCCGGAUUCGGGCCGGUAGCUGGCUGA